ACAAUGUCCCCAACUAUGACUCAAAUUUAGUGUUAACAAAUGAGAAAGAAGACUGCCUCCACUCUCUUGUCUUUCAAGACAUGCUCCUUCGUCGGCAGAAUAUAGCCCUUGAUCUUUUAGGCGCGUGCGACUGGAUAUUUGAGAACUCGGAACUCGUACAGUGGCGAAGGCAAGACGACUUCAAAAAGCAUAAUGGUGUUCUUUGGAUCAAAGGAAAUCCCGGUGCGGGUAAAUCCACGUUGAUGAAACAUAUCUGGGCCAACUGUGACAAAUUAUUUGCGGAUUGCUUCAUCGCAACAUACUUCUUUAAUACUCGAGGCCAUAGCCUCCUUGAAAAGACUUUUUUGGGUAUGCUUCGCUCACUAUUAUAUCAACUUCUGACCACAGACGAUGCGGUUUAUCAAGGAUUUAUUACAAUCUUCAGGGAAAAACAAAAAAUAUACCGAAGAAUCGAGUGGCACGAGUCAGAGCUUCAAGAUUUUCUCUUCCUCGAAAUGAGGCAGUAUCGAUCUCGCCGUCUGCUCUUUAUCAUCGACGCGUUGGAUGAAUGUACUGAUUCAGACAGGUUGAAGGUUGUGGAAUUCCUCGAAUCAAUAAGCGUCAACUCUGGCACAAAUCUUUGGAUCUGUCUAUCCUCCCGACAUUAUCCCAACGUCACUAUAAAGAAGAGGCUUGAAAUCGUCGUGGAGAGAUCAGAUGAGCACCGCAGAGGCAUUGCAAAAUACAUCAAGAGCAAGCUGAAACAAAAAUCCUCAGAGAUUCAGAAUCGUAUCCUUAAGAAGGCCGCUGGAAUUUUCAUGUGGGUUAUUCUUGUUGUCGCCAAGCUCAACGAGGCCUAUGAUCGUGGCCAAGUUGAAGUUGCAGAUAUGAGGGAAACUCUUGAUCAGAUACCAGGAGAUCUGGAAGACCUAUUCCAGACUCUUCUAAAUAAAGAUGACGGAAAUAAGCCUGAGAUGAUGCUCAUGCUGCAGUGGGUUUUGUACAGCAUGCGACCUUUGAAGCCAGAAGUGUUAUAUUUUGCUGUGAGAUUUGGAACGACAGCCCGAAACGGCAAAACCAGAAAUUGAUCCACGGCAACAAUUGACGAUAUGGGGCGGCGAAUCACUUCGUCCUCGAGGGGCCUUAUCGAGAUACGUGAAGGGGCGGAUGUUGUACAAUUCAUUCAUCAAUCUGUCGAAGACUUUCUCGUUCGAUAUAAGAGGAUGCAAAAGAUAGAUCCCACAUUAGGACAAAAUGCCACUUUUACAAGCCAUGACCGUCUAAGGGCCUGUUGCUUGGAAUGCAUUACCACAGAUGGAGCGGACGAUAACACAAAAAGCUCUCCCUUCCUUCAGUAUGCCUCGAGGUACUUGCUUGAUCAUGCUGAAAGAGCACAGACAGAAUGCGAUGUGAAAUGGCUACACAGGCCGCAUCUUUGGUUUGAAC